AUGGAUAAUACUGACGACUUCGCUAUCCCAAAAUGGGUUUCCUUCACCAAAGAGUGGCAUACAAAACCAUAUCCGGAUAUUUCCCCCAGUCGUAGUGAUCUGUCGGCUACGGGGAAGAACGUGGUUAUUACUGGAGGAGGUACAGGCAUUGGAAGGGCUGUUGCUAUCGCGUUUGCAAAGGCAGGAGCGAGCAGUGUCUCUAUCCUUGGAAGGCGGCUGGAUAGACUGGAAAGCAGUGUCAUUGCGAUUUCGGCUGCAGCGCAGUCUCACACCCAAGUGCUUUACAGAAUAGCAGAUCUUACCGACCGUACGCAGGUCGAAGGCGCACUUGCGAGCAUUACGAGCGCAGUUGGCAAAGUGGACAUAUUUGUUAACAACGCAGGCGCACUCCCGCCCAUGAAGCCAGUCGCAAAAUACGAUACGGCAACAUUUAUGCGAGCCUUUAACAUGAAUGUGCUUACAUCGCUCAAUGCCAUUCACGCAUUCAUUCCUCUUGCCGGGACUGAUCCAAUACUGCUCAAUAUAUCAAGCAACCUUGCCCACAUACAGCCGAUGCCCAGUAUGUCGGCGUAUGCGGCAAGCAAGGGGGCACAGCUAAAAAUGGUGGAGCAUUUUGCGGCAGAGAACCCAGAGCUGCAUGUCGUCAGUAUUCAGCCCGGGGUGAUUGCGACGGAAAUUGCCGGGCCUGACUCCAAUGUACAAGGCCAAGACGAAGUGGAGUUACCGGGGCAUUUUUGCGUUUGGUUGGCCUCAGCUGAGGCAAAGUUUUUGAAAGGAAAGUUUGUAUGGGCCAAUUGGGAUGUUUCCGAGCUCCUGCGACGAAGCGAGGAGAUUCGCGACUCGCGGUUGCUCACAGUUGGUCUGGCUGGAGUCGCCAUGCGUGCGACGUAUGUUGUCGUCGGAAAAUCCGAUGUGAUGCCAAUGUUCCCAAAUGCUCCGCCUGCGUCUUACACGGCACAUCCUGCACAUGGACUCCAGGACUUCAUUAUGGGCUCACAAAAUCGGCGCUUCGCUGAUAUUGAAAGUCGUUUGGCGGCUGUUGAACGCUCCCUUCGCAACAAUUCAGUGUCUCAAAACACGUUGAUGGAAGAGCCCAGUUCACCAGCACCUACCGUCACGAGUGAUUGGGCAGGACUCGCAGGAACGAUGUCGCCAAUCGACAACAGCGACCAUUUCGCUUUGCCAUCACUAGACCAAGUGUCUGCGUUGGUAAACAAGUACUUUUCCGACUACAAUCAGGCCAUGCCUCUCUUCUAUCAACCACAAUUUAUGCGAAUGUUGGAUAAGUGGUUUCGAUGUCCCCAUGAGCGACACGAAGCGUCAUGGGCAUCAAUAAACGUUGUCCUCGCUUUGGCUCUGCAACACGCGCCAUCUGCUGCAACAGCCAGCGAAGACCAGGUGUCUUCGGAAUGCAUUAAGAACGCCCAAUCAGUACUGAAUCAUCUCGUCAUUCGAGACGAAGAUUUACAAGGACUACAAGUCGUCUUGGCACUUGUGAUUCUUUUCCUCGGAACCACGCGGCCGCAACCCUCAUGUGUCCUGAUCGGGACGGCCGUUAAACUGGCGCAUCGACUUAAACUCCAUCUCCAGGACGGGCUCAAUGACACCAACACCGAACUGGCGGCUCAGAAGGAAAGAUUACUAUGGAUUACAUACAUCCUAGAUAGAGAUAUAUCCAUGCGAACGGUGGAACCCUACGGACUCCAAGACCACGACAUGGAGAUUGACACUAUUUCAGCAACCUUGAAAGGCGAUUCUGCUGGUAUUUUGUCUCUCCCGGACGAUCCAUCUCGGACUGUAAACAUAUUCCAUCUCCGAAUUCAGCUGGCCCGUAUUCAGGGGCAGAUGUAUGACCUAACAUACUCUGUACGUGCGCGGAGAUUUUCUGGACACCAACAAGACGCCGCUCUGGAAAAGCUGACACACUUGCUUGAAAGUUGGCGCAAGACUGUCCCUGAAGGCUUUCGCGUUGAAGACCUCUCUACUUGUGCGUCGGAUAAUAUUCUGAGCCAACUAUUGCCCCUACAUCUUGCAUCUUCCAUCUGUGUCUCCGUCACCAGCAAAGUCGAAAUUGAAGCUGCUGCCGACCAACUGGCCCAGCAUAGUUCAGGCCGCAAGAUCAUGCUUGGAACUUUACCAAUUCGUCAGCCGCAGCCGGUUAUGUACACUGCCUACGACUGA